CCAAAUGGAGAAUGUCGAUGGCCAGGUGAGCAAUGCAAAAAAAAAGUUACUGGAUGUUGCUAAUUGCAUAGCCUGGUUUGUACAAACAUUACCCUUUGCUGUAGUCUGCCCGUGUAAAUACAACAGCUCAAAGGCUGAAACUUCCACACACCCUCGGCACAAAAGUAGGAAUUCCGUUUAUGUCAAUGGGAGGUAGUCAAAAAACAUAACUCAACUAGUGCGCAAUUAUCGGGCGCUGACGGGCAUAAACAAUGUAACAUGUAUACAGGCCUAUGGAGAUUUAAUAACGGUUUACUCCUUUAAUUUGUAUCUACGUAUCAAACCAAUCCAUAUCACGAACAUCAAACGCGGAAUGGAGAGUCACUAAUGUGGUGCAUUGUCAUGACGUAAUGACUAGUUAAUUAACUGACGUCUUUCAAGAAGUCUUCAAUGAGAGGGCGCGAGAGCAAUGGAGAGCAAAAGGUUCCUGGGGGCUCCAUUCGGGAAGCAGUCUACAAGGUUUGAUGUUUCAGUAGUGCACCCAUCCACAAAUAAAACUGGAUCCUUCUCUGAAUUCAGCCACUACAAGAAGCUGAUAAAUAAACAGGAGCGUGAGCAGGGACCAGGUAAGUUUGAGGUGGCCACAGGGAGCCAGAAUCCACAAGUAGGGGUGCAGCAUGCUAAGGGGCUUGGAUGGAGCAGAGUGCAGGAGAAACCCCAGCAGACUCAAAUCCCUAGCAUUCUCUACAGGGACGUAUGGCUGGCCAAGCAUCAACUGAAAACCAAGAUGGGCCCUGGGAAGUAUAACAUUCCAGACUUCACUGAGCUCCACAACAGGAAACCACUCAGCGUGAGAGGAGUGUGUGACAGUAGGGAGGAGAGAUUCAAAGCCUACACAAAGAAACCAGCAGUGGGACCAGGGUCUUAUGGUAAGGGAGGCAUCCCUUCUGCCCUGCUUGAUGAGAAGAGGAGGAUGCCAGUUGGAACUUGUCCAACCAUUGACUUUAGCGCUGGGGUUGAGCGCUUUCCAGAGCGCUUAGUGGAUUCUGGCUUGUAUCCUGGAACUUAUAACUUUAAGAGUUUCACUGAGCUCAUCCUAAACCACAAAGUCAGUAAACGAGGACCUUAUGACCUGUUCAGCGCACAACGGGAAAAUCCAAUUAUCUGUGGAUAUUUUUCUUCCCCGAAAAAUGCCCAUAUGAAUCCAGGGACCUUUUAUGAGCCUGCCAAGGCCAUUUGCGAGGACCUUCAGAGGCCAGAGAAUAAACUCAAGGGCAAAUUCAGGAUUACAGAUCAGUAUCCCGAGCAAGCUAGAGAAAAGCAUUCUGGUCCUGGCUUGUAUGAGCCGUUUCGUUUACCUAAAGUGGAGAACCGCAACCCUCCCCCAUUCCUGUCCUCCACACCUCGCAUCACCAAGAGGGUUGAGAGGCUGAUGCAGGGCAACUAUACCACGGUUGGUGUUGGGUGUUACAACCUGGUUAAGAGGCAACCCCCAACGAGUCAGAGGACCUCCAACUUCGGCUACCGCUACAUCUUCAAGUCUCGCACCCCCAGAUACCUGCAGAACCUGGAUCAGGACAACUACAACCAGGAGAAGCUGAAGCCCAGGAACAUCCCCACACAUUGCAGGGUUUACUUCCGGCCACCAGAUCAGGCUGUGAAGACCACAGUGUCAGAUUCCUGGAAGUAAGAGGGUUUUAGUCCCUGCUCAACCUUUAGCAGAACCUUUUGUUCAUGCUGGUCCCCUCCUUUCCCCAGUUGGAUGACUAAAGCAUGAGGAUUUUAAGGAAAUAAAUCAUAUUGAAGGACAUGUGAGCAAAUGGAAACUGGCAUGUUGUGUUUUCAACAGCCAGUGGAUGGCAGCAAAACUUUAGGACCGAUUCUUGUGAACAGUAAUACCGUUUUUCUCGAUUGCUAAGACACAUUUCUUGAAACAUUCACCCAUUUUCUCAAAACUGUAAACACAAAACCUCAUCUUCAAAUACUAUUUAAAAAACCUCUAAAUCCUUUUGCAAAAUGAAACUUUCGCCUCAAAACAGUUUUACCUGUGCU